AGCAAACUCAAUACCUCUUACCAUUACAAACACUUCACCAUGAAGGCUACAUAUCCUUUUCUUACGGUAGUUUCAAUACUCUUCUUCUUGAUUUUCCCAACCAAUUACUCACAUGCUGAAAAUAUUAAGUGCAACAACAUAGUACGAGCUGUGAGACCAUGUGUGGUGUUCUUCAGGGGUGGGAGUGGGGUAACUGGGAUGCCUCCAGCUAUGUGUUGUGCUGGAGUUUCAACUCUUUCACAAAUGGCUAAAAACACCACUAAUAGGGCAACUGUUUGUAGAUGUGUUCAAUUAGCAAUCAAAAAUAUGAGAAUCACAGAUGCAACAGUUAAAGCACUUCCUCGCAGAUGUGGAAUCACCUUGCCCUUCUCUUUCUCUCCAUAUGUUAAGUGUCCUGGAUAAAAUGAGCUUAAUCUGGAGUAGCUUGGAGGAUGUAAAUUAAAUCACAGCGAUGAAGCGCCAGCUGGAAUGAGUAUAAAUAUUUCAUAAAUUUUGUGUUUUUUUCUUGAGUUUCUUGAAUUGCCUGUCUUUCGUCCUGUGUUGGUGUUUUUGUAGUUGUAAAUGGCAAUCUGCACUGGUCUUGUUUUUUUCCUUGUUCCUCA